CUCGGAAGGAGACCUAGGUCCCAUCUGCGACCCCAACGCCUUGUAUAGCCAGUACUACCCUGGCUCUUGCACCGCUGAAGGGGAGGUGCGUCGCUUUUUUCAACGGAUUCCAGGAUGCCUCACGCAUGUCGCGUCUGCAAUGCAGCCUUUCUUAUCUUCCAUGUCGGACGGCCUCAGCUCCUUUGAGCAGACACAGAAAGAGGAUGACGAGAGAUUUUACGCCACCUUUCCAGAGGCCCGGCGAGCCGCGGCCCUGCAGAAUCAAUGGGCAAUGACCCCCGUACAUGAGGAGAACGGCUAUUUUCAUGGGCUCAUUGGCUUCUCGUAUCGCGGUCAGACGAGUACCAAGUAUAUCCCGUCAGUUCCCUGUUCUUCCGCCCUGUCCUGGUCGCCAACCGUCGAUCUCGAUGGCGCUGCCGACCAUCCCGACCAACGACCUUCUACCAUUACUGCCCCCAGCCUACGACUGAGCUAUGACUACAGCCUUGACCCAAAUGGGGAAGCAUCGGCUCCUCUUGAAUCUCUUGCCUCCUCGCCUCCCGAAGGGCCUCCACAGUCGCCUGACUAUGGCAGCUGUUACUCUGAGCAAGCACGUUCCGAUUGUUCCCCGACUCAGUCUUCGCCGGAUAACAGGAAAUUUUAUCUGGUACCGGCUAACAUCUUCACCCACCCUGACCGACAGCUGUUCCUUGAGGCACAGCGCUCGCCUUCCGGAUCGCAUCACUGCAAGCCUAUCGAGGAACCAAUAAUGGACUACUUAGCCUCGCCCUCACCAACCCCCAACCCUCACGACGUCGUGGCUUCUCCCGAUAAUAUCGAUCCUGCCGCCGACUUGACUCAUAUCUCUUAUCCGUUACCUCAUUCUUCACCUCAGGCCGAUUCUGAAUGUGCUUCGCUUCCUUCCAUAUUGUCCAGGGGCCCUCCCCCACAUUCGCAGGUGAUACAAAUCCCGUCUCGGAAAGCACCCCGCCGACAUACAUCAGCCGACGACCAUACAUCAGGUCCAAGCCGGGGGCCUUUCUAUUAUAAAAUUCCCCUUAGACAACCCAGACGCUCUCCCACGCCGCCUCCAUUUCCCAGGCGGCCUCCUGCACAGUCCAUAGCACGGAAUAACGGUGAUAGAAAGCCUCCCCUUGCCUGCUUUUUUUGCCGAGGGAGGAAAAUCGCGUGUGGGGCUCCGGAACCAGACAACCCCGAUCGAACCUGCAAGUGAGUUUUCGUCUCGAUAUGUACUUUUCUUAGAGUUUAUGCUUGUUCCUUUCCUUUCUACAGCCAGUGCCAUCGACGUUCCCUCAAGUGUGAAUACCCGAAGGAGAGUCGGCGGGGCAUGCGCAAGAAGAAGGCUGGCGAUACAGGUGACGCUGAGGCCGCAGACAAGCAACGCCCGACGCCAGUAACUUAGUCAAGUGACCAUGCGUUACAAUCUUAUUAAACGUUAUAUUGUGCUUUGUCUAUCUGCUUUCCAUUUAAACGUAUUGUUUCACUAAGAGGGAUUUUACAGAAGCCAGUAAUAUUACAUGUAAUCCGAUAUAGUCCGUGGGUGUUCGAAUGCUGUUAGGGAAGGGAAGGUUUCAUGAAGGACCUGGUAGUGGAUCUACCCAGGAUCCAUUCGGCCAUAGUAUUGCAGGCAUAGUGAAGUCACCUGUGUCAUCCCCUGAUGUUAGC